AUGUCACCUGUUACCGGACCAGGUACCGUUAGACCAGAUUUGGUAAGCGGUGUAGGAGUACCGGUAUCACGUGAUCAAUUCGACUAUAGUGGUAUAUUAGGUGGUCCUGGUAGUAUGAAUGGAAUGACAUCAGCUACUUCAACAUCAUCAUUAGGUACCAUCGGAAUGAGUACACCUCGUGUUAGUACUAAGAAACGAUCAAAAAGCGUAAAAUUAGAUUCGGAUGAUGAUGCUAGGUCAAAUGAUGAUCGUGAAGCUGAUCGUCGUAGUGCUAACAACGCUCGUGAAAGGAUUCGGGUAAAAGAUAUAAAUAUGGCAUUCAAGGAACUUGGCAAAAUGUGUGCACAGCAUUUGCAACAAGGCUCUGAUAAGACUCAAACAAAAUUAGGCGUAUUACAUCAAGCUGUGGCUGUAAUUACCGGACUUGAAGAACAGGUACGUCAGAGGAAUUUGAAUCCGAAAGCAGCAUGCCUAAAAGGAGGGAAGAAGAGAAACUAUGCCAUCUAUAGCAGGGAAUGAUGAUUUGAAAGGACACAGUGGCGCAUUUCUACCUGCGCAAUUAACUUUUCCCGGAACGAAUCACUUAAAUCAGUAAUUAAUAAAUGCUAUAACAACG